UGUAAGGGGCUGUGCUGCACGUGGUUACUGAGAGACUUCGCUUUACUGUUUAUCAACAGAGAACACAAACCUGCCGAGGGAUUGCAUAAUAUCUGGUGGGGUUUUACAUGUUUUUAUUUAUUUAAUCAGAGAAUGCAGAGUUAGCUAAAGUGUUAGCUGAGCAGGCUGAUUAACGGCUGUGCACUGAGGAGAGUAAAGGGAAGGAGCUGAGCUGAGCUGAGCUGAGCUGCGAUCAGAGUCGUCAUGUCAGGAAGAGGCCGAGGCCGGAGUCUCUUCACCUUUAACGUGGACAGUCUGGGAUUUGGCAGAGGAGAGGCUUUACCCAGCAGUGCUCAGGCACCUUCACCGCUCUACCCUCCCAUGCAGUUCAGGCCGGUUCCUCUGCAAACAGGAGAGGAGGUGGAGUACAUGUUAGCGCUGAAACAGGAACUCCGAGCCUCCAGCAAGAACCUACCCUUCCACAUCCAACCAUCUGCACCUAAAAAAGACGUGGCUCGUUACUCUGAUAAAUACCAGACUGCAGAGCCCAAGCACAGUGAAUGGACUCCAGACUGGAGUCGACUCCCUAAAGAGCUUUGCAUCAAAGUUCAGAAGUCGCGCAAAACCAAGACCAAACCGGCAAUGAAGAGCAAAACUAAAGCUGCUGCUACCAAAGAACUCUUACAAAAGCUGGAGAACCUGGAAAAGAAAGAGGAGGAGAACCAGUCUGAGGGGGAGGACGAGGAGAAGAAGAAGAAGACCGGAGAGGAAGAAGAAGAGCCUGACGAUGCAGAGGAGUACGAGGAAGAGGAGUUUGAAGAGGAGACAGACUACAUCAUGUCCUACUUUGACAACGGCGAGGGUUUUGGAGGAGACAGUGACGACAAUAUGGAUGAAGCCACCUACUGAAAAACACUUUAGACAAUGUUUUAUUUAUUUCUCAUGUGCUGGAGAAUUUCUUUUAGUCAAGAGAUAGUAUGUAUGGCAUCUGGAAAGGGUUACUUCAUUCCUGUGUUGUUCCUAACACACCCUCGUCGAUUUCCCAGGUAGUGCUCUCUCGCAGAAUAAGGAGAGGAGUGUGUAGUGUGGGAAUGGAUUAUUCAGUCGAAACACAGAACGCAGCCAAAAACCUCAUCUUUCCCGAGCAUCCUGCUGUCUAGUUAGCAUGCUAAUUCUUGUUACCUCGAUAUAAAACGAUGGAACUAAUUCUUGUUCCAUCUGAGUUGAGUACACAUGGCAUAAAACCCAGUUUGAACUCAUAUACAAUAUAUUUUAAAUAUUGGGUAUUUUAUUGCUGCUGUUUACAUUUAUUAGCAGCUUUGUUUAUUAUUUAUGGUGUUUUUAAAAGGACAUGCCAGAACGCAAUGCAUUUUAGGACUUUUUUUGUCAUGAUGUCAUUGAUUGUAU